AUGGAGCAUGAGAUCUGGUGGCAGAUUAAGAGAGGUACUACUAAUGUAUGGUAUGAGAAUUGGACCAAAUUGGGUGCUCUACUUUAUGUAGUUCCUAUUGAUUUCCCCUUAAAUGAAGAUUUACAAGAUGUGGCAGAACUUAUAGAGAAAGGUGGUUGGAAAGACCAUUUGCUUAGUCAAUACAUUCCAACAGACAUAGGGGAGCACAUCAGGGCAGAAAUCCAUAUAGAGGAGUUGGAAGGAAACUGGGAUAGACCUUGGUGGAGGCCUAAUAGCAUAGGAACAUUUACUGUAAAUAGUGCAUGGAACAUAUUGAGGCAGAGGAAGCAGGAAGUAGCAUACUUUAAACAUUUAUGGAUUAAGGGUGUGCCAUUCAAAAUUUCAUUCUUUCUGUGGAGGCUUUGGAAAUCUAUCCUACCUACAGAUGAUACAUUAAGGAGGAUAAGGAUUCCUGUGGUUUCAAGGUGUUAUUGUUGUGCUAUUCCAAAACAGAAGGAUAUUCAACAUCUUUUCUUAACUAGUCAAUUUGCUUCAGAGGUGUGGAAUGUGUUUAGGCAAGCAGCGGUGCCUGCUAUGAUCACAUGGGAGUUGUGGAAGAGAAGGAACACUAUUAAACAUGGAGGAAAGGUGAGCCUUAAUAAAGUAGUACAUGAGAGGUGGUACAACUGCAAUAUUGAUGGGGCAUCUAAGGGUAAUCCUAGGCCUAGUUCUUAUGGUUUUUGUGUGAAAGAUUGGCAGGGGAAUUUGAUUUAUGCAGAAUGUAAGGAACUGGGGAUUAACUCUAAUGUUUUUGCUGAGGCAAGAGCUAUGAUGAAAGGGUUGUUGUAUUGUGUAACUCAGGAACUACACCCAUUGAUCUUGGAAACAGACUCUUUACUAAUGAAGAAUGUGGUUGAUGGUGUAUGGGAGAUACCAUGGUGUGUCAUCACAGAGAUGGAAAGAAUUAGAAAAAUGAAGGUUGAGUUUAAUGUGAUCAUACAACAUGUAUACAUAGAGGGGAACACACUGGCAGGCUUUUUAAUUAACCUAGCUUUUGAUUUUGCAAGUACACAAAGCUUUAGCUCAUUUGCGGAAUUACCUAGUACAGGAAGGAAGAUUUUAAAUCUGGACAAACGUCAAGUCCCUAAUCUCAGGAUCAGGAAUGCUAAAAUUGCAGAACAUAUUGGUGAACCUUGA